UAAAAAUUAUCAGAGAGGACUUGCUGCCUAAGGUGGCUUAUGGUCCCUGGGAGAACUACAAGUAAGGGUGGGGCUGUUAAUUAAAGGCAUUCCUUCAAUUUACAUGAUGUUUUCUUGGAACAAAAUAAUGUACAUUCUGGGGCGAUAAAGGCAUCUGUAAAGUUUCAUGCCCAACUCAAAGCUUUUAAUCACAAUAGUGAAUCUCUCUUCAGGAGCAAGUGCAAAUGUUGAAGGGAUAACUACAAACUUGGCCUCCCUCAAACUUGGUCUUCAUAGCCGUGAUGGAACUCCGCAACUGAUGAAAUUACUUGAUGAAAAUCUACAGUGGAAUGACACUGCUUUAGAGAUCCUUCUUGAUCAAACAGACUUCCUGGUGGUGGGCAUCAUUGGGCCACAAGGUGCUGGAAAAUCAACUGUUCUCUCUGCUUUGGGAGGAGCUGGGCCAUUCUCUGACUCGAGGUCUCCCUUAUUUCCUGUGCAGUCAAGACAAGUCCAGGUUAGUUUACACCUUAUUAGUCUAAAAUAUCAGAUGUCCCACCCUAAUCUAUGUCCACCUCUGUGAUGAGGGCAAGAAGACGUCUGUCAAUUAAGACUAGUACCACAUUCAGGUGAAGGUAAAAUGUAGCAGGAUCUUGCCAAACUGCCCCUGGGUCAAGCCUGGCUUACAGGAUUUUUUUUAAUAAAUUAAAGGCACAGUUUUUAAUCUUGGAAGUUCUAACUCGAUUAUAUUUUUGAUGACAAACUUUAUAAUGUAAAUUUGUCCUUUGAAUUAAAAAUAGAAUGAAAGGUUUCCUAAUCACAGUUCUGUGGGCAUGAUAAUUAAUUACUGAUAAUCAAGUCCUUAUGUGACCAUAAAGACCGUCUUGUCCCAGACAAGGAGAGUCUAAUCUCAAAGUCAGCACCAAUUGAAAGUUUGAUAAAGAACACAAGAUAUUUUAGAGAAAAUCUAGGACCAAAAGGAGGGAGAAAGCUGAAAUGGGGUGUACAUACACACCUUGUUUAGCUCCUCCCCCUUGACAUUUGCAUCCUGCUACAGGUCUGCUCAAGGAAUUACUAAGACAUUGACCCAAGAAAUUGGUUGAUUGAUUGAUUGAUUAACUGAUUUGUUGGUUGGUGGGUCAGUUGGUUGGUUGAUUGA